ACACAAAUCUUGCACUAGCUAGUUAGAAUCCUACAAGUGUUUCUAUAUUCGAUAACUAAAUAAAAAUCGUUACCUUGAAAAAUGGCAAAUUACAAUAUGAAGACAUUUUUUAUCUUCAUUAUUUGCCCAUUUUUACAAGUAAUUUUCGUAUUUUCAUCUUCCAUUUGCGGCUUUACUCUGAAUGAAGACGGCUUCCCAGAUUGGGUGAGGCUAAAAAACAGGAAACACGGAUUAUCGAAACGGACGUCGACGUCGCCGUCACCGUCACCGUCAACCUUAUAUGAUGAUGGGGCAGCAGAUAUCGUAGUGGCGAAAGAUGGGUCGGGGAAUUAUAAAACAGUGAAAGAAGCAGUAGCGAACAUGCCUAAGAAAAGUGGGAGAAGUGUGAUUUAUGUGAAAGCAGGGGUGUACGAUGAGAACGUUAACGUUAAUGUUAACGACGUCACGUUAGUUGGUGAUGGAAUUGGGAAGACAAUUAUCACAGGAAAUAAAAGCAAUGGGACUGGCUCCUCAACCUUCAAUUCAGCUACUUUUGCCGUGGAUGGAUCCGGAUUUAUUGCUCGAGGCAUAACAUUCCGAAACACCGCCGGAGUUUCAAACGGACAGGCCAUCGCCGUCCGAUGCUACUCCGAUUUCGCAGUGUUUUAUCAAUGCAGCAUUGAAGGAUAUCAAGACACUCUCUUCUACCGCUCCGACCAUCAAUUCUACCGUGAAUGCGACAUCUACGGCACCGUUGACUUCAUCUUCGGCGCCGGCGUAGCGGUGUUCCAGAACUGCAACAUCUACGUGCGAAACCCCGGGCCGAACAAGGUCAACACAAUAACCGCCGAUGGUCGGGACGACAAAAACAAGGUCGGCGGAAUAUCUUUCCAAAACUGCGCAGUCACAGCGGCGCCGGACGUGAAGUUCUCCGAUCUGGCCUCGGUCAAGACGUAUCUGGGCCGGCCUUGGCGGAAUUAUGCGACGACCGUCUUUAUGCAGACGUUCCUGGAUGGCUUGAUUGAUCCGGCGGGGUGGCUGUCGUGGGAUGCUCCGCUGGACACGGUGUACUACGGCGAGUAUGAGAACUAUGGGAUGGGGGCGUCCACGGCCCGAAGGGUCAGCUGGGGUGGUUAUCAUGUGAUCAACGACACGGCGGAGGCUUCUAAGUUCACGGUGGAAAAGUUCAUCGAUGCUGACUCUUGGUUACCGGCCGUGAUGAAUCCUUACAAUGGAGUUUCUGAUUCGUUCAUAAAAGCUUUGGCGAAUGGAAUAUCCUCACGUGCAAAAGCAUGGCGUGCAUAUGUGCUGCAAGCGUAAUCCAAGGAAAAACUUAAGGCUGGGGCAGCAGAAAUCACACAGACACAAGGGCCAGGCACAAUAGUUGAUAAAAAUGCAUUGUUUUUGAAAGUUGUGCAACCGAACCGGGGAAGGCUCAUGGGAGUGGGCUCUCUUGCCCCACAUUUGUUGAGCACUGGGUCUUUGAACCCGACACAUUUUCGCUCUUCUAAGCAAGACCGCAUUGAUAAACUCACGGAGCAGGUGGAGAGUUGUCAAGCAGAAAUGAAGCUAUUGCGGGAACAAAUAAAAAUACAAGGGAGUAAUACAGGGACUUCAUCUAUGAACCCAUUCCCAAUGUUUGCAUAUGGUCAGCCUUCUCCUGGGAAUGGACAACAGAUGCCUUACAUGUUUGUCCAACAACCACAAGCUACUUUUCCUCAACAAAGUCAAUCUGCCUUUCCUACGCCUCCAAUGUUUCCAGAUUAUUUCAUGGCGGGUCAACCAUUAAUGCAACCUGCAGCUGUCCCAUUUGUCCCUCUUCACAACACAAAUAAUACUCUCUCCCAAGAAGACAAUAACACUUUUAUCGAUAAUUUACUUGGUAGCGGAGGGUUUAAUAACGAGGGUGAAGGACAACAAUGAAGACUUGUAGUAAUUGUUCACUAUGUGCAAUUUCUUUUAAUGUCCUUGACAUUUUGUUUGUUUUGGAAUAUUUAUGUAGGAUGUUGCACUUUUAAAUUACUUGUUUUUGUUAAGCUCUAAUGCAUACCAUUAUGAGGU